CGCUCGGCGGCUAGCCGCACGCGCGCACCCCGGGGAUGCUGAAGCGGGUGCGAUGGCUCCCGCCAUGCAGUCUACCGAGCUCCAGUUCGCACAGCGGCUGGCCUCCAGUGAGAAGGGCGUCCGCGACCGCGCCGUGAGGAAACUGCGGCAGUAUCUCAGCGCAAGGACGCAGAGCGACACAGGAAGUUUCAGUCAGGAAGAACUCCUAAAAAUAUGGAAAGGACUCUUCUACUGCAUGUGGGUGCAGGACGAACCCCUUCUGCAGGAGGAGCUAGCGAACAUUAUUUCCCAACUCAUCCACGUUGUUAACAGCUCCGAGGCUCAGCACCUGUUUAUUCAGACCUUCUGGCAGACCGUGAAUCGAGAGUGGCAAGGGAUAGACAAGCUGCGACUGGACAAGUACUACAUGCUGAUCCGCCUGGUCCUGAGGCAGUCCUUUGAAGUUCUCAAGCGGAAUGCCUGGGAAGAAAGCCAAAUCACACUUUUUCUGGACAUCCUGAUGAAGGAGAUCCUGAGUCCCGAGAGUCAGUCCCCCAACGGAGUGAGAUCCCACUUGAUUGAUGUGUACUUGGAUGAGCUCUCCACUGUGGGAGGGAGAGAGCUCUUAGCUGAUCAGAACCUCAAGUUAAUCGAUCCGUUCUGCAGAAUUGCUGCCAAGACUAAGGACCACACGCUGGUCCAGACUGUAGCGAAGGGUGUCUUUGAAGUCAUUGUAGAUCAGUCUGCCUUUGUACCUGAAGAGUCUGUGGAAGAGCAGAAAACCAAAGAGGAUGGCAAUGGCCUCCCUGCAAACGAGCUGGCCUGUCAAAGGGUGGUCGGUGGGAAGAAGACCGCACUGGACGAAUGCCUCAGAGAUGGAGUCAUUGGCAGCAGAGAAAGAGACAACUGUGCAGCCUUGAAAGAUUCAGGGUCACCUCUCCAGUUUGACUAUAAGGCUGUUGCUGAUCGACUCCUGGAGAUCGCCAACUUGAAGAGCACCCCUCCCUUCAACAGGAAGCGACUCUGCAGACUAGUCAGAAAGUUCCAGGACCUCUCUGAAGGCAAUGGUGCUCAACUUAGUUUUGCUGAGGAUAUUUCUACUGGUGAAAAUGGUCAAGCCCUCAGUCAGAGAAGGCACAAGAGGAAGAGAAAGAAGCUUUUAGAGAGAGCCGCUUUAGAAAGGGAGGAAGGAAACACAGUCUCUGCUGCUGGUGAAGAGGACGGCGGGGACCACAUUCACAAGAGGAAAAGGAAAAAGAGGAAAAGGAGCCACUUCCAGUCUGACACUCAGGACCUGGGUUCUGUUGCCGAGGCCGCAGUACCUAGUGCUGACAGUGAGCCUGGUGCCGCCCAGAGGCACGCACUGCAAGCCUGCGUGGCGGCCCCUACAGCAGAGGCCACAUCCAACACCAGGGAGAACAGUUCCGAGCCUACACCCGCCACGCCCAUCCACAGUAAAAGGAAACGGCAGAGAAAGAAGAACCUGAGGGCCCACAGAGAGAUCUGGAAAUCCACCACUCUACCUCAGGAGGAUGUGUCAAAGAACGACCCUGCCAGUGGGCAGCCUCAGACUGCUCUCAUUUCUUCCUCAGAAGGUGGCCAAGCCCGGAAAAGGAAGCGGAAACUCGGAGCUCUCCCUGUCAGUAGUGGUGACCUAACCGUACAGAAGGCAGGUACCCCAGCAAGCCCAGUGGAGGGAAAUGAUGGCCAGACCACCCUGCCCCGGUGUAAGAGGUCACAAAAGAAGACAGCAUCCAACACCCUUGACCACUAUGAUCCGUCCAGUCAAAAAACCGCAAUCUCAAAAAAGAGAAAAAAGAUGAAGCAGACGUCCAACGGUGUGUUGGAGUGCAGCGCUGGGCAGAUCCAAGCUCUGGGAAGCAGCAGGACUCUGAAGAAGCCACUGAAAAUGGAGGACGACCUUGUGAAGUUUGACACCGGAUUCUUACCAAAGGCCCUGUUCUUCAGGAAAGCCAAGAACAGCACUGCCACCCAUCCCCAAGGUCCUACUGUCCAGCUGAAUAAAACACCCUCCAGUUCCAAGAAAGUCACCUUUGGAUUGAACAGAAACAUGACAGCAGAAUUUAAGAAGACAGACAAGAGUAUCCUGGUCAGCCCCACGGGCCUCUCCAGAGUGGCCUUUAACCCCGAGCAGAGGCCACUCCACGGAGUGCUGAAGACUCCCACAAGCUCCCCGGCCAGCACGCCUCUAUCAACCAUGAAGCUACCAGCAACCACCCCAAAGAGAAGGCCAAGGGCUGCGGACUUCUUCUGAGGGCCAGAAUCCCUUUUGGAGGACUGCUUUUAUACUGGAUGUUCUAUAAAUUAUAACUUUUAAA